AUGAAUACGUCUAAAGAGCAGAACAAUUGUAAAUUUGCUAUCAAGAAGCUACCAACAUUUUCUAUUAAGAAAAACGACUUGAGGCCGCUCAAAAAGUCCGAUUUCCUCAGAAACACUUUGUAUAAAGAAGACCUGUUGUAUGAAUCUCAGAAAGGGGAUUUCCUUAAAUCUGACACUCAGUUGAAACUGGUGAAUCGGCUGAAUUUGAUCACUAAGAGCAGUGUUACCGUGGCAACUUAUGGGGCAAGCACCUUAGAAAGAACCUCAGACAAUGUUAGUCGUCUAAUAGGGCAAAGCAACUACGAUACAGUUUUUUCAGCCUUAUGUUCAGUCAUAAGUCACGAAUUGAAAAUACGAGGUAUUCUGUCGCUAUUGACGCCACCAAAGAAGACUAGAACUUGGUCUUCGCAAACUGAUGAUAUAAAACCGAGUGAUGACUCAAAAUUAACUAGGCAAAUGGUAGAGAAAUCGUGUCAAACUGAGGAAUCUUCGAUUAUUUUAACAUUCGACAAAGACAAACGGGGGAAGAGAACGAAGAGAAAACAGUUCAAUCCCUAUGUUGUAACCGAAUCGCCAGUUAAGAAAGCUGAAGUAAAAAUUAUUGUGCACCCAAAGAAUUUCAAAGAAUCAAAUCCAAGUAUUAAAAUGGAAAAGUUGGACUCUACUACUGUGGGAACAGUAAUGUCUCCGGUAGAGGAAGAUCAAGUCACCGCACCGGUUUGUGCAAGCCCACAGACUUUCAACUGGUCAGUCAAUACAGACCUCACAUUGUUAGAUGGUACAAUAUUGCGGAUACCAUUCAAGAUAGAAGAUGAAUUUCACAUAGCCACACCGGAAAUCAUGAAGUUUAUUCCACCACAGCAACGUAUGAAUCUGUUAUUAUACCAAGCAUAUGUCGACUGGAAGAACUGUUUAACUCCUGAUGAAGAUCAUCACUUGCCAAUCCACGUAGCAGCUAUGAACGGUGACGUCUCGCUGCUCAGGCGGCAGUGUUUGGUCCUGCAGACGCGACAUGAGUCUGUGGACAUACUGUCAACCAAAGACAAUCUGACCGCUCUCCAAAUCUCAAUAUUCAGCAAUAAGCCAGAGUGCACGGAGUUGUUACUCCAACAUGGUGCUGAUGUGCUGGCCACAGACGAUGAAUAUAGGACCAGCUUCCAUUUGGCUGCUGAGGCGGACCCUGAGCACCUGAAGGCCUUGAUCAAGCACUGUCAGACUAAUCCAAUGAAAAUCUUGCAGGACAACGAAGAUAUAUGGAAACCCGAGUUGGCUUCCAAACCAAAAGAUUAUUUGUGCAAGUAUUUGCUGAGAAAAAUAACUACAAUGUUUGAUAACGAAGGUUACACGCCCCUCAUGUUGUCCAGCAAGCUAGGAAAACAUCACAAUGUGAAGCUUCUGAUAGACGCUUGCCCAGAAACUGUGAACGUACAGAUGCCCAGCAGUGGGAAUACUGCACUAUAUCUGGCUAUAGGAUCGGCUUAUUUGGACGCGAGCAAUCGCGGUAACAAAUCCACAGUGUCCGAAGACUUCAAACACACCAUAGAGUAUUUGGUAGAGCUCGGCGCAGACCCGGCCAUAGAGAAUCACUCCGGUUCCAAUGUGAAUACAGUGUUAACAGACCUACGUAUAGGGGAGUUGUCUAUGAUCGUAGCUAACAAGAUGACUUCUAAGAAUUGGAUGGAGGCUGACAAAGGAAACGACAUUGCCAAUCCUUUCAAUGUCGGUAUGCUUUUAAAAGAUAAAGAUGGCAAACUAAAAUACAGGGAAGUACCAAAAAAGACGACGCCCAAAAGCACAGACAAAGACGAAGAUGCAAAGGUGACCCCUAAAGAAGCACCUAAAAAGAGGACGCACAUCGUAAAGACUAUAGAUAAACUGGAGAAAAGAAUCAAACCUACAAUAUUACAGAAUAUUAAAAUUCUAAAAGACGAUCCUAUGAUCAAAAAAAUUAACCCAAAUGAAUUGACACCGGUCAAAGAAAUUAGGAAUGUUAAAAAGGACGUUCUUUUAACACCAUCUGGUAGUAGUUCUAAAAAAAGUCUAGUUAUAGAAGUUCCACACUUGAAAUCGGUCAUAGUUGAAAACAAGGUGCCAAGAGAUGGUUAUAUGGAGACUUUCAAAAAUUUCGUAGCGAAUAAUGGUAAUGAUAAAAUUGAAACACCAGUCGCGUUCACCAGUGAAGCGAAUUCGGAUGCAGCCAAAAAUGUUACUUUGAACGAAGGUGAUAAAGCGGAUAUUGCAAAAACGUUUGAUAGCAAAGCCACAGUCGCUACUGUUGAUGAACAUAAAGAAACACAUAGUUCAGUCUAUUCUAAUCUAAAAAGAAAGAGAUCUUUGGAGAAAAGUGACAAUCACAUCGGUAAACGUCGGUUUUCUAAAAAAACUAAUGAGACAACCACGUAA